UUCAACGCCAAAGUUGCAUUUUCAGAGAGAACGAAGAAGAAGGAAAAUGGAAAAGAGAGCGCGCCUGAGAGUCCAAAAGAAGAAACCCAUCAAACGCAGAGGAACGAAAGUGUUUCUUAAAAAGGUUUUGGAUUAUCUUAAGUCUGAUACUUUCAUGUAUGCCCCUCUCCUCUCAUCUCUACCCUGUCAUGCUUUCAACGCCUUCCCUUCUUCCCCUGCUAAAGAGUUGGAAUUUCAAAAGGCUGAAAAAGAGAAGCGGUGUUUUGGGAAACAAGUUGGGAAGUAUCUCAUAUCUGAUGAUUAUAUGUAUGAUCCGCUCCUUCAUCUUCCCCAUUCAUCUAAAGAUCCUUUGCAUGUCUAUGGAAUGAAAAGGAUGGAUGAUUCAACUAGAAGGUUGACAAUGAAAGUUAAUCAACAAACUGAUCAUCUAGGAAAUGCAAACCAAAGUUCCGAAAGUCCUGUUCCUCAAACAGACAUCUCUGAUCAGCAUAAACACACAGAAACUGUGAAGCAUGCUGUGUACCAAUUUUGUCGCUCAACUGCUGCUCCAAGGAUUGUUACCCGGAACUCCCAGCUGAGAGCUCAUAGUUGAUUGGAACUUUGGAUAUACCAGUAAACAUAGUAGAUUAUAACCUAUACAGGCAGUUCUUUUAGGUGUACACACUAUGUGUUAUGUAGAAUUUUAUCAAUUAUUAUCGUCUUCGUUUUUCGAUAGAAUAUGCAAAUGUCAUUUAUGACAUGCGUUUUCAUGUAAGGUUUUGAGUUUUUUCAAUGGUAGUUUGAACUUCCUUAUCAUUUUGGUGUUGGGUUUGUCCAUCACCAAGAUUGUCUUUGAGGACUGUAUUUUGUUUAAACCUUUCUUUGGCAAACACAAAAUUCUAAAUGAUCGUUUUACUACUCA